UGAAGUGCACGAUGUGGGAGCGCGGGUCGACGCUGCGCGGGCUGUCGGCGGUGGACAUCAGCUGGUGCGUGGUGGCGCGCGCCGAGCGGGCCAUGGCGGCCGAGGGCGCGUGGGGCGUGUGGGCGCCGCUCGCCAUGGCCGCCGCCGUCGCGCUCUUCGCGCCCGCGCUCAGUCUGCUGCAGGUGGCCAUAGAAAAGGACUCGAGAGGGGAGGAGGAGCUGCAAGUAGUAUCGCUGUUUACGUACAUAAUACAAGUUAUGGUCAACUACAGCCGCAGUUCCCUGUUUGCCGUAGUGUAUGGCGCUUUCGGAGAUAACGUAUGGGCAAUAACGACAAACGCGGUGUCGUGCGUGCUCCGGUUCGCGCUGAGCGGGCUGGUGUUCUUCCUGCUGGCGGUGGCGGAGCGCGCCUUCAAGCAGCGCUUCCUGUACGCGAAGCUGUUCGCGCACCUCACGUCGGCGCGGCGCGCGCGCAAGUCCGAGCUGCCGCACUUCCGCCUCAACACCGUCCGCAACAUCAAGACUUGGCUCUCCACGCGCUCUUACUUAAGGCGUCGGGGUCCACAGCGUUCCGUGGAUGUCAUUGUGUCUGCUGGUUUCAUGCUUACCAUAAUACUAUUAGCAUGCGUCAGCGCACAACUACUUCGGGAUUCUGUUACGUUAGAGCGAGGAUGGCUACUCGAAGCAAUGGUAUGGAGUUGCUGCCUCGGGAUCUAUCUACUACGACUGUUGACACUUGGCAGUAAUGUGAACAGAAAGUACCGCGGCUGCCUGUCAGCCAUACUGACGGAACAGAUCAACUUACAUCUGGCUAUAGAACAGAGGCAGAGCAAGGAACAACUGACCGUGGCCAACAAUGUGCUUAAAUUGGCGGCGGAUUUAUUGAAAGAAUUGGACGCGCCAUUCAAGAUAUCAGGAAUUUGCGCAAAUCAUUACUUGUACACCAUAACUAAAGUGGUCAUACUGUCAGCACUAUCAGGUGUUCUCUCGGAAAUGCUCGGAUUUAAACUGAAACUACAUAAAAUAAAAAUCAAAUAAAUAUACAGCAAAAUGUUUCAUCGAUUAUGUAUGAUGUCGCGGAAGCCAGAAUGGGCGAACUCAUUAUUAUAGUAUUUUUAAUGAUUUAACAAAAAUAUAUGUCGAAUAGUUUUCUAAAUAAAUCAACAUAAAAAAAUAAGUUUAAUACUGAGACUAAGUUCACUCUUUCCGCAGUCUAAAGUAGAUUAUGGUGAGAUUGCGAGAGCUGGGGCUAAAAGUAAAAUAAUCAAAAUAAUUAUGUCUGUUACAAGAUUGUCAUCAUUAAAUUCUAGCUAAAAUGAUCUAAGCCAUUGCAUAUUCUACGAAUGUUAAGACUUGCGAUCUUAAAAUAUGACCUAUUAGCACAUAAUUUCCCAUUCGGUUAAUUAUAGAUAAUUGCAAAUAUUUUAGAAAUAGUAUAAAUAAAUUAGACGAAAACAGAAACGCAAAAAAGCCAUUAAAGUAAUUCAUAAAAAUGCCAACAUUUAUAAUGAAGACUUUGGCGAAAUCUGAUUAUACAUUAGUAGAAUUAUAUUAAACUGAUUUGUGAUAUAUACGUAGGAUAGGUAGUUUCGUCUGACUUGAGCUUUUUUAUUACUACUACAGGACUAAGAUCAAAUAAGGCCUAGUAUUGAAGAAUGAAAUUCACCGAGUUUUCUUAACUUUUUCAUUGUAAUAAAAAAUAUCGACACAUAAUAGGUACCUCUUCUUAAAAAAAUAUUAAAUUAACUACUGACAAGAAACUAGUUACAGAGCUUCUAGUAAUAUAAAUUCUUUGUUUCCGAGGAUGUGUGCGUGCGUAGGUAUUUCUUUAUUGUGGUUAAUUUGUAUUUCGUGCCAAAUGUGAACAGAUCUAUAAUUAUUAUUAUUAUAAACGUAGUCGAUUGUAGUGUCUACAACAUAGACAUUUGUAGGUACCCACAUUUCUGAAUAUAUUUAGACAUUUUUAUUAUUAUUGAAUUAAAUUACACUACUUACCUUUAUUUAAUUUAUGAAAUUCAAAUUGUAAUAUAUUUUCAUAUAGAUACCUAUUUAUAAUUGGCCUUGAACAAUUUAUACAUUCAAGAAAUAUUUUAUUUCUUAAAGGAACUAAAGUUUACCGAUGUCCAUCUGCUCCUAGAAAUUGGGACAGUUCAUAAUAAAAUGUCCUAUGUUAAUUUGCUAUUUCUGAUCUCAUUUUUAAGUGAUAUUUAUAUUUGUGUGGUUCGCGUUAUAAUAUCGUUGUAUAAAACUGCUAAUAUUGCCUAAUCUUACAAAAAUACGAUUAAUUUGAUCGAAUAGUGUGUUUUACGAUGCGAACACAUUACUAAAUUGUAUAUCAUAGUACUCUACUAUAACCAAUUGUGAAUAUUCGAAUCACAUAUUUUCUGUGUGUGUCGCUAUUGUAAAGUAAA